UCCGCGCCCGGCCCCGGCGCCCCGCGCCCCGGCCCCCCGCGCGCCCCGGCCCCCGCGCCCGCCCGCGCCGCCGCCGCCGACUUUCUGCAUGACGGUCACAAAGAUGUCCUGGCGUCCGCAGUACCGCAGCUCCAAGUUCCGGAACGUCUACGGGAAGGUGGCCAACCGGGAGCACUGCUUCGACGGGGUCCCCAUCACCAAGAACGUGCACGACAACCACUUCUGCGCCGUCAACGCCCGCUUCCUGGCCAUCGUCACGGAGAGCGCGGGGGGCGGCUCCUUCCUGGUCAUCCCCCUGGAGCAGACAGGCAGGAUCGAGCCCAACUACCCCAAGGUCUGUGGCCACCAGGGGAAUGUGCUGGAUGUCAAGUGGAACCCCUUCAUUGACAACAUCAUCGCCUCCUGCUCCGAGGACACGUCGGUGCGGAUCUGGGAGAUCCCCGAGGGCGGCUUGAAGCGCAACAUGACCGUGGCGCGGCUGGAGCUGCACGGGCACAGCCGGCGCGUGGGGCUGGUGGAGUGGCACCCCACCACCAACAACAUCCUGUUCAGCGCCGGCUACGACUACAAGGUUCUCAUCUGGAACCUGGACGUGGGCGAGCCGGUGAAGAUGAUCGACUGCCACACGGACGUGGUCCUGUGCAUGUCCUUCAACACGGACGGCAGCCUGCUCGCCACCACCUGCAAGGACAAGAAGCUGCGCGUGAUCGAGCCCCGCUCCGGCCGCGUCCUGCAGGAGGCGAACUGCAAGAACCACAGGGUGAACAGGGUGGUCUUCCUGGGGAACAUGAAGCGGCUGCUCACCACGGGGGUCUCCAGGUGGAACACCAGACAGAUCGCCCUCUGGGACCAGGAGGACCUCUCCAUGCCGCUGAUCGAGGAGGAGAUUGACGGGCUCUCCGGCCUCCUGUUCCCCUUCUAUGAUGCUGACACCCACAUGCUCUACCUUGCUGGGAAGGGCGAUGGGAACAUCCGGUACUACGAGCUCAGCACGGAGAAGCCCUACCUGAGUUACCUCAUGGAGUUCCGCUCCCCGGCCCCCCAGAAAGGCCUCGGGGUCAUGCCCAAACACGGACUGGACGUGUCGGCCUGCGAGGUGUUCCGUUUCUACAAGCUGGUGACCCUCAAGGGCCUGAUCGAGCCCAUCUCCAUGAUCGUACCCAGGAGGUCGGAUUCCUACCAGGAAGACAUUUACCCCAUGACGCCGGGCACCGAGCCAGCCCUGACCCCGGAUGAGUGGCUGGGGGGCAUGAACCGAGACCCUGUGUUGAUGUCUUUGAAGGAAGGCUACAAGAAGACCUCCAAAGCGGUGUUCAAAGCCCCCAUCAGAGACAAGAAGAGCGUCGUGGUCAACGGAAUAGACCUACUGGAGAACGUGCCGCCCAGGACCGAGAACGAGCUGCUCAGAAUGUUCUUCCGGCAGCAGGACGAGAUCCGGCGGCUGAAAGAGGAGCUGGCCCAGAAAGACAUCCGCCUUCGGCAGCUCCAGCUAGAACUGAACAACCUGCGCAACAGUCCCAAGAACUGCUAGCCCCCCGCCCCCCGGAUGUGCCACAGGAACGGCUAGCCCUCCCUGGGCCUUGUGGAAGCCAUCUCUAACUGCCUCUUCUCCGGUGACCCCAGGGACCGAGCCCAGACUGGAGCUAGGGGCCACCCUGAGCGCCCACCUGCCACCUCAACAACGGACCCCUGACCUCAUGCCAACCCCGUCCCCGCUGGCAGCCCCCCCCUCCUGCCACCCAACAGCCAGACUCCCGGGGGACACUCCAUGGACAGGGCACCUGCUGGACUAAGACCUCACGCAUCUGCCCCGCUGGGCCUGGACUGCCCGGCCUCCUCCCGCCCAGGGGGGUCCUGGGACCCACGUGACCCCUGCCUCCCCCCCCCCCCCCCCCGUCGCUCUCCAAAGCUCUUGCCCACCCUCUUCCCAAGUGCUUUGUGAGCCAGGCAUGGCGG